AUGCCAGCAACAGAAAUAAGACCAUUGAAAAACACUGAUUUGUUCAAAUCAAUAAAAGUAGGCGAUCAUACUUUGUCAAAUAAGGUUGUCUAUGCUCCCACUACCAGAUUCAGGGCAUUGGAUGAUCAUACUCCUUCGGACUUGGAAUUUGAGUACUAUUCAAAGAGAUCUCAGUAUCCUGGUUCAUUGUUGAUUACUGAAGCAACUUUUGUGUCUGAACAAGCAGGCUUAUACUCUAAUGUUCCUGGAAUUUGGAAUGCUAAGCACGUUGAAGCUUGGAAAAAAAUAACUGAUGAAGUUCAUAAAAAUGGCUCGUAUAUUGCGUGUCAAUUUUGGUAUUUGGGUAGAGUUGGUGAUCCAAGAUUAUUGAAGAAACGUGGAUUAGAUUUUGUUUCAUCGUCUGCCAAUUAUCAUGAUAAAGCAUCCAAAAAGCUUGCAGAGUCGGUUGGUAAUCCUCUUAGAGCCUUGACAGAAGACGAAGUGCAUGAUCUUGUAUUCAAGACAUAUGCUAACGCGGCUAGAAAUGCAUUGGCUGCUGGCUUUGACUAUAUUGAACUCCAUGGUGCUCAUGGUUACUUAAUUGAUCAAUUUCUUCAGCCAUCAGCAAAUAGCAGAAAUGACAAAUACGGUGGAAGUAUUGAGAAAAGAGCAAGGUUUGUGUUGGACUUGAUUGAUCAUUUAAGUUCUAUUGUUGGCGCACAUAGACUAGCAAUUAGGCUUUCUCCGUGGGCUAAAUUCCAAGGUAUUAAGAGUGAAGAAGAUACAGUACAUCCUAUCACAACAUUCAGUUAUCUCUUACAUGAAUUACAACACAGAGCUAACGAAGGCAAGGAACUAGCAUAUAUAUCUAUUGUGGAGCCUCGUGUUCAAGGUACUGUUAGUGUAGGUGAAGACCAACAAAAGGGAAAUAAUGACUUUGUCGGUCAAAUUUGGAAAGGUAUUAUUUUGAAGAGUGGUAAUUAUACUUAUGAUGCUCCCAAUUUCAAAACUUUAUUGCAAGAUAUCAGUGACGGUCGUACUUUAGUUGGAUUUUCAAGAUACUACACUUCUAACCCUGAUUUAGUUAAAAGACUUUAUGAAGGAUGGGAUUUAGUUCCUUAUGACAGACCUACUUUUUAUACCAAAAACAACUGGCACUACAAUUCAUUCCCCAACUAUGAUGAAGAAGACAAAUCCAUUAAGGAAGAAGAGGAAAAGAGAGUUGCUAAUGAUAUUGGAUUACUUAAAGCUCACUUAUAA